AGAAUUUAGAAACAAGAAGAUUGAAGAAGCAUGAUCAUCUUCUUCCUUGCCACUUAUGAAUAAUGUACCCAAGCUCCAUGCUAUUGUUCGCCUCAUCAAGAACGGCCAUCAUGAUGACCCUCUUUCCAUCCGUCCCCUUCUGUUACUUUGCGCCGCUUCUGCUCCCCACAGUUUAUCCUAUGCGCGGUCUCUCUUCGCCCGUCUUCCUUCCCCGGACACAUUCGCUUACAAUACCCUCAUCAGGGCCCACGCUCAGUUCUCUCCCUCUUACUCCCUAUUGCUCUUCUCCAACAUGCACAGUGCUGGGGUUUCUCCGGAUUACUACACCUUCCCUUUCGUUCUCAAGGCUUGCGGGCGCCUCCAGAUGGGUCAUGAGAUACACUCGCUUAUAGUGAAGCUUGGUUUGGAUGACGAUAUUUAUGUGCAGAAUGCGCUGAUUAGUUUUUAUGGCUGUUUUGGAUUGGUUUCGGUUGCACGGAAAGUGUUCGAUGAAAUGAGUGAAAGAGACUUGGUUUCAUGGUCUAGUAUGAUUGCUUCCUUUGCCAACAACGGUUUUGGGUAUGAAGCUUUGGAUUUAUUUCAAAAGAUGCAGCUUCUGGGAGAAGUGAAGCCCGAUGAGGUGACAAUGCUCAGUGUGAUAUCUGCAGUCUCGAGCUUAGGAGCUCUGGAAUUGGGUAGGUGGGUUGAUGCUUUUAUCUACAGAAGUGGGUUUGAUCUUACUGUGUCAUUAGGUACUGCUUUGAUCGAUAUGUACUCAAGAUGUGGAUCUAUUAAUGAUUCUACCAGAGUUUUUGAUAAAAUGCCUGUCAGAAAUGUACUUACUUGGACGGCAUUGAUUACUGGGCUUGCUGUGCAUGGGCGUGGUAGAGAAGCAUUAGGAGUGUUUCUUGAGAUGAAAAAUUCUGGUUUACAGCCUGAUCACAUGACAUUUAGUGGCGUUUUAGUGGGUUGUAGUCAUAGUGGUCUUGUGGAUGAAGGAUGGCAAAUUUUUAACAGCAUAAAGAAUGAGUUUGGAUUGGAACCAAUGAUAGAGCAUUAUGGUUGUGUUGUUGAUCUACUUUGUCGGGCAGGUUUGCUCAACAAAGCCUUUGAGUUUGUAGAAAGAAUGCCUAUUAAACCGAAUUCAGUUAUUUGGAGGGUUCUGCUUGGAGCUUGUGUGAACGAUAGCAAUCCUGAGUUGGCAGAGAAAGUAAAAGAGAGAAUCCAUGAGCUUGAUCCUUAUCAUGAUGGUGAUUAUGUGCUUUUAUCAAAUGCAUAUGGUGGAGUUGGCAGAUGGAUUGAGAAGGCAGAGAUGAGAGCUUCAAUGAGGGAGAAAAGAAUCAACAAGAAACCCGGUUAUAGUUUACUUAGUGUUGAUGAUGCGAUUUACGAGUUUGUGUCAGGAGAUAAUUCACAUCCCAAAUCCAAAGAAAUUAAAGAAUUCUUGGUAUCAACAAUUGAUAGUCUUAGAGUUGAAGGUUAUACACCCUUUACAUCCAAUGUGUUACAUGAUAUUGAAGAGGAGGAAAAGGAACAUAGUCUUUGUUUUCAUGGUGAAAAGUUGGCUGUUGCUUUUGCCCUUCUCAGUUUUAGCGAUCAAAGAACCAUAAGGAUCAUAAAGAAUCUUCGUAUUUGUCAUGAUUGCCAUUGUUUCAUGAAGUAUGUUUCAGAUAAGUUUGAAAGAGAAAUUAUCAUCAGGGAUCGAAGUCGUUUCCAUCAUUUCAAUAAGGGAUCUUGUUCUUGCCAGGACUACUGGUGACACAUAGUCUAUUCCAGACUUCUCCUCAGUUUUCUCGUACAUGUUAGAUCAGGUUUCCUCUAAUACAGUGGCAAAAAUUGCUUUGGGGAAUUUUCUGAGAUAAGCUAGAGAAACAUGAAUGCUGAUUCCACACUUGGUAUAUCGUUUAUCUUUAUUCUUAGUUUACACUUGCAGAAUUGACAGUGUGAUCUUAAUUAAUGGGUCAUAUCUGU